CUGCGCAGGCGCGCAGGCCCGAGGUUCGAGUCCCGCGGCAGAGGGGUGCAGAGAUGCCGGCGGAGCCCGGAGUGCCGCAGGCGGCCGCGGAGGGAACCUCGCAGGCGGCCGCAGACAGCGAGCCCGAGGUGUUUGAGACUGUGCUGCCAAUCACUAUCUUGGUGCUGAGCGAUGAGGAUUUUCUCCAGGAUGAUGAUGAUAAGGAGCAGGAGGUGUCCAUUCCCGAGGUGGAGCAGGAGUUUAAAUUCAACAACGGCCUUUGCCUAAAAAACGAAGUAGAGCCUUCAAACGACACUAGCAGUGUAGGCAAUUGGGAUGCAAACAAGACUGUUUCAAAUGAAGAUAAUUUUAUUAAGUGCUCCGAGGUUAAAUGGCUUGGUGAGAGUGUGUGUAACACAUCAAAAUUGUCACAUUUAAGUGAUGGGUGUGAUGCAGACUCGGAUAAAUAUGGCCAAAAUUGCGUGUUACCUACAUCGUCUUGCAAAACAGAGCUUCCAGAGAUAAUCAAAUGCAGUGUUGGAGAAGACUGUGGUGAUGAUGGCUUUCAGAAGAUUCCUCCUCUCCUCUCUGCUGACAGUGACAGAGCUGACACUUUUGAGACAUUGGUAGUGGAACCCAAACAUGAAGAAGAACCUGUCAGUAUUGCAGAUGUUCUUUUUGAUGGCAGUCCCCAGAAACAACCAGAAAUCCACAAGGAAUUUGAGAUAAUUGUUAAAGCGGAAGAUCCUGAUUCCUCAAAGAAUGAAGAUAAUGAAAUUGAUUACAGGAAAAUAAGUAAAUUUGAAGAAGAUACUCUGAGUUCUCUUUUGGAACAAGACUUGAAAGAAGAAGAGAAAUUUACCUUACCUUUUAAUAAUUGUUCUGACCCAUUUCUUAAUGGAUGUUCUCCUACUUUUAAGGAACAUCUAGAAGAUGUAGGGAAACCUGAUAUGAAUGCUUUCACUUCUGCUGAAUCAAAUACUACUGGAGAACAUAUUUACAAGAUGUUAACACCAUUCCCUAAGAAAAGAUACCAGCAACAAAAAGUUGUUUCUUCCCAUGCAAGCCCAAAAGAGUUCCAGAGCCAGAAAGAAGGUUUAACGUGGCUGAAGGACAGUGUGACCAUCACACCUCUUUCUAAAAUGUCUUGUUUUACAAAGGAGAAUGAAAGAUUGAGCUUCAAGUGCAGGUUUUGUAGUUCUGUGUAUAAAUGCAGUGCACUCCUGAAGAAACAUAUUUAUUCAGCUCAUAAAGAUAAGAAGACACAUAAAUGCUGCUUUUGUAAAAGAACUUUUUUCUUUUCUUUCAAUCUUAAGAAUCACCUUAAAUUUCAUAAGAAGAUUGCUAAGUUGCAAAGGGCAAGAAAAAAUAGAAUAAGUGCGAGAAAAGGGAGGCAGAAAGGAUCUGAAGGAGAAUCUGAGACCAAGAAAAAAGAAAGUAAAUACAAGAAAUUUUUCAUUAAAAUUGAAAGGGACUUUACACCUCUGGAUGUGCCAGUUAGCUUUUCCUGCAGAACUUGUAUCUUUGCUUCAUCAAAUCCUAGGAGUUUUAUUAAUCACAUGAAGGGACACAAGGAGAAGCCACCUUACCAGUGCCCUCAGUGUGAAUAUUCCUGCAACAGCUUGUCCUACCUGUUAAAUCACAUGUACUGGCAUGCUGGCUAUAAGCUCUACCAGUGCAGGUUCUGCACUUUUUUUUCAUUGUAUUUUGCAAGCAUGGUGAGGCACAGCCACAUCCACACAGGGGAUAAACCACACUCCUGUGAGCUCUGCCAGGCAACGUUCACCAGCACCUCAGCGUUGCAGAGACACAGGAGGAUACAUGCAGGGACAGAAACGUGCCAGGCACUGCAACCUGACUGCCUGAGUGGGAGGAGAAGAACUGAAAGACCUCCAAAGAAUUACCCAUGUAAUGAAUGUAACCUGGUGUUCUACACUAAAGGACAUCUCAGCUUUCACAAGAAAUUUCAUGGACAGUUAAAAGCUAAUGCUUAUACAAGUCAGAGCAAUAACUACUUUAAAAGCAAAAUAUGCAAAGCUGAUGGUGAUUCUCAGGGCCAUGUUUCUCACUCUCAUUUUGGUAGAGAAAAUGAUUGUCUGGGUGGGGGAAUCCUGACAUCAGAAGUGGAGUUUGAGCAAGCAGGUGAUGUGUGGGACAGUAAGAAAAUAUGCCCUGGAAAGAAAUUCCUUGAAAACAGCCAAGGAAGCAACAGCCUAGCUGUUACUGGAAAUAGAGCAGAAGUUCCUCAGACCUCUUACCAAAGGGAUUACAAAGAGGAGCCUUUCUUCAAAUCAGAGGCCUCUAAUUCACAAGUGCAAGAUGAUGCUUCAUUUUAUAACUUUGUGAAAAACUUGGAGGAUACAUAUCCUUCCAAUUUAAAUACAGUCCAAACAUACAGAUGCCAGCAGUGCAGUUAUGUUACUGAUGUUCCUAACAACUUCAGGCUGCACCUAAAGAUACAUACAGAUGAAAGACCAUUUGUGUGUAAAGAGUGCAAUGUGGCAUUUAAAACAUUAAACAAUUUGCAGAAACACAGCCUUCUUCAUGUGAAAAACGGACAGGAGCUUGGAAGUUGCCUCUUUGUAGAGAGGUGUUUGGAGAAUCUUGAAUUGCAUCGUGAAAUCCACGGAGGGACAUAUCCAGAAAGAGAUUUUGAUUUCUGCAAAGGCUCAAGCACAGCAAAUGAUGUGCAAGCACAAAGUCAGUCACUAUUAUAUCAGUGUGCAGAGUGCAACUAUGCUACUGGCAUUUUAAGCAACCUGGAACUCCAUGUUAGAACUCACACGGGUGAGAAGCCCUACAGCUGCACCGUUUGCCAGAAGAAGUUCCGUACUUCCAGUCACCUGAAGAGGCACAGACUCACACAUUUGAACCUGGAGCAUUUCAAGUGCACGAGCUGUGACUACUCAACCAACAAAUGGCUGUCCUUGAAGCGGCACCUGGCUUUGCACACGGGAGGGGAGGGAACCUCCUCUCCUGGCUGCCUCUGCGAGCACAAGGAACUGCCUGUCAAGACAUACAGGUGUGAGGAGUGUGGCUAUUGCACAGCCCACAACGGGAACCUGAAGCUCCACCUGAGGAUCCACACGGGGGAGAAGCCGUUCCAGUGCGGGCAGUGCUCCCUGGCUUUCCGCACCUCCAGCCACCUCAAGCGCCACCUGCUGACUCACCUCAGGCUGCACUGCAGGAGGUGCAGGUAUUCCACCAUGGAUAAAAACGCUUUCCAAAAGCACAUCAAAACGCACAAAAAGAAGUACAGGUGUGCAAAGUGUAACGUGGUGCUGCCCACCAGGAAACUGCUGGAGAAGCAUAAGCAGCAGCACGAGCUCGGAAUGUGAGCUUGGAAAUUGGAAGUUGGCGCUUGGUUUUGGACAGGUUUGCAUAUCCUGAAUUUCUUCAUGCCUUUGUGUUCCUUUGCUGUGCUCGCAGCAAUGGCUGGUAAUGGAUGCAUCCAGCAUUUUGUCUGGGAGAGUGAAUCUUGGGGUAUUGAUUUGCUGCAGGUGUUUCUGAGAACAUCAGUUCUAGCACAGGCUGUACUGAAGAUCUUGGAAACACUUUUUCAUUCCUGAGUACCUGCUUCAGUUGAGGUCAGUUAUUUUGGUCAGUGUUCAUUGGUGUUUAAACAGUUAUUCUGCACCACUUACUUUCUUGUAAAAAUUUAAGAAGAAAAAUAAAUCUUUUCUAACUGAAAGAAUGUCUAAAGAGAGGGAAGGAAGGGCAUUUUAUAUUUUAUAGUAAUAAUUUUCAUAUAAAAGUGAUCAACAUAUCUGGAGGCUUAAUGCUACCUCCCAUCUGCUGAAAGUUGCCUCCUUUACUCCCAGGUGCUUUUCAAUAUUUGUAAGAGGAAAAAAAUAAUAGUAUCUCACCAAAUUAUAGAAACAAGAUAUGCACAUCAUCACUGGGUAACUGUGACAUGAAAAUGUUUUACAUAUGUCUGUAUGUAUAAGAUGUUUAUUAAGCUGUUACCUUGUCUGAAGUUUUUUGAUAAUUUUUUGAGAAAUUAAUUACCAGAAAUGGUAAUGUCCAGAAAUACAUAUUUUAUGACACUGAGAAUCUUUAAAUCUUCAAUUUUAUGUGAAUGUCCAAUGUUAAUCUAGCCUUACCUUUUCUCAGGUUGGUAGUUACUGUGUUGUUUGUUAAAAUAGAUGAUUCACUUUUCAAAUAACUUCUGUUAAUAUGAGCAGUUGCUGAUAACUGUGAAUGCUGUUUAGUUACAUUGAAAACCUUAGCAGAAUUUGAAACUGUUAAAUUUAUUUUAAGAACUUGUGUAAGAACCAUUGUACUGUGCAGUAGUUGGUGCAGGGUGUGGUGAACCCAGAUGGAUGCUGCUUCCAAUUUGUAUUCUAAUCCAGACAAAUCUUUGUUUGUUUUGGGGUUAGGCAGUGCUAGGAACUCUGGAGUGUGGUAAGUGGUUUUAAUAGUGUGUUACCCCCUUGUGUGAGGAAAGACAACAGCAAAGGGCUGGUGCAAACUGUGCAAUGCUACAGCUCAGUCCACAGAGCAGCAGAACAGACCUGUGUUUUAAUUUAGAGAAUGUAAAUGUGGAACUCAGUGCUUUUUUUUCCUGGUCCUGGAUGUCUGCCUUUCUGUAGAAAUACACAUAAUGUCUUGUGGAGGAGACAGGCUGGGAAGGGCUGCCCAGAGAGGUAGUGGAGUUCCCCUCCAUCUGGAUAUAAUCCUGGACAACUGGCUCUGGGUGGCCCUGCCUGAGCAGGGGCUUGUCAUCUAGAACUCCUGCAGCUAUUCUGAGAUUUGGAAGACAACUUUCCAAUAAUUAAUUGAAACUAAUUGAUAGAUGCAUGUAUUUAAGGCCAGAUCAGCAAAGAUAUUCAAGUGAUCCAGUUCUUUGGAGCUCCAGUAAAGUCAGAGAAGUAAGUAUCUGUGCCUGAACCGUGGUGGUUACAGGUGAGUGAUUCAGACCUUGGAGCCACCUAAUCCAGUUGAGAGAAAGAAGAUGUUAUCCUGUAUGAAGAAAGAAAAGCAUUUCUGGGAAAUAUUAAUGGUUAUUCAAGCUUGGGGGAGUUCUUACCUGUGUUACAGUUCUGAUCACUUAUUUGAAAAGAACAGGUACAAAGAGAAAACAAAAAUAUUGAAGGAAUUGUGAGCCCCUGUAUCAGAUGAGAAUAGAAAGGCUAAAUCUGAUGGAGCACAGUUGUUUAAAAAUAUGGUGUACAAAGCUGAUGAAGAGAGCCUGGUUUAGGGGAAUAAAUUAACUGCAAUAAAUUUUUGGAAAAGUUUGUAAACAUAAGUUUCUUCAAGUUGUAAGUAAGAAAAAGGUCUUUUCAGUUGGAUGAUUUUAUAAAAAUAAUUAUUGAUGAUUGUAUAAAAAUAAUUAUUCCUAGUCACUGCCUCUAAUAAAAAUAAACAGUUCAAUGACUCCUGA